AUGGUGACUCAGUCCGAUGAUGACUACUUUUCUGACUUGGACUGGUUGCAAGACGUGGAGAAUGUUAUGGCAUCCCUUUCACACUACAAGGCCCCAUCUCGUAAGCUGUACAUUGUACCCGUCAUUGUCCUUCUGAAGGGCAACAAGGAUGGAGAGUUGCUCAUGAAGUACUCAGAGGAGCUAGAAAAGUGCGUUAAGGAAAUCUCUGACAACGAAAACUUAGCACAGUCGAAAACGGACCGAGAGUUGAAGAAUUGGAUAACCUUCAACGACGUUCGUGAUAAGAUCAAGCAGCUUCAACGAACCAUCAAGAAGAAGAUUGUUGUGAAGAAUGUCGAGGAUAUCACCGUCGAAGACAGGAAGCUGAUCACACACCAUGCGAUCCUGAAUCUCUACAGUAGAAUCUGCCCAUUGCGUAACGACUUUGCGCACGUCAAGAUCAUCCCAUACGGUCGCGAGCAAACCGAAGCAGAAAAAGGCACGAACGUGCUCGUCGAAGAGUCACCUGGCUGCUACACCCUCCUUCUAAGACAAAUUUUUGCGAACGAGAACAGACGGGUCGGGUCCUGGAUGCUCCGGAAGAUCUUUCUGAGCGAGCUCUACAAGGACGACACGACUCUGCAAAAGCGGAAGGCUGUUGCUGCGAGUAUGGGGCACUCUGCCGAGAUUGCAGAACGUGUAUACAGGCGAGUUUGA